AUGUGCAGCCCGUGGGUGGUGCAGCUUGGAGAACUGAUGCUCUUCGCUCUGGUUACUCAGGCAGCUCUCAAACCAGCAGCGCCUCCGGUGAGCAAGGACCAGCCGUUCAGCAUUUUCUGGGCCGCCCCUACUUUGUUUUGUAAGGAUAAUUUUGAUGUAAAUAUUAACCUUCAAGCAUUCAGCAUCAUUACAAAUCCUUUAGAAACCCAGAGCGGCUCCACGAUUAGCAUAUUUUAUCCAAAUGAGCUCGGACACUACCCUUAUUUCUCUGAAGACGGGAAAUCCUUCUAUGGAGGAAUACCUCAGAACGUGAAUCUCUCUGAGCACCUCAAGAAAAGUGCCAGGGACAUUGCAGACACUGUCACGUGGUGGAGGUCAGAAGGACUUGCUGUUAUUGACUGGGAAGCCUGGAAACCGCAGUGGGAUAGGAAUUGGGGAAGCAGAAGAAUAUAUAAAACCCACUCGUUAGCUCUCACGCGGGACCACCACCCUGACUGGUCAGAAACCAAAGUGAGAACAGCUGCGGAACAGGAAUUUGAAAACGCUGGUCGGAGUUUUUUGAAUGUUACUCUCACGUUGGCUUUAGAAAUGAGACCGAAGCUUUUAUGGGGCUUCUAUCUCUAUCCAGACUGCUACAAUUAUGAUUACCGGUUAAACGCAGAGUUCUACACAGGCCGUUGCCCAGAUGAUGAACUUUUCCGCAAUGACCAGCUCUUGUGGCUGUGGGAAAAAAGCGCAGCACUUUAUCCUUCCAUAUAUUUGAGUAAAAUAUUAAAAUCAAACGUAAAUGCACUGAAAUUUGUUCAUUUUCGAGUGAGGGAAGCCCUGAGAGUGGCUGAAAUGCCUAGAAAGGACUAUGCUUUGCCAGUUUUUAUUUUUUCCAGACCAUUUUAUUUGCAGAGUUUUGAAGCUCUGUCAGAGGAGGACUUAGUGCACACCAUUGGUGAAAGUGCUGCACUGGGAGCAGCGGGAAUCAUAUUGUGGGGAGGAUACGAAUAUUCUGAGUCAAAGGAGGCUUGCUUAUCUGUGCAACAAACUGUUCAGGGGCUGUUGGGCCCCUACGUUCUCAAUGUAACAUCUGCAGCAAAGCUCUGUAGUCGAAGCCUGUGUAACAGUCAUGGAAGAUGUGUUCGAAAGGCAUCUGAAUCCUCUUUUUAUCUGCACUUGCCUGGAGACAGCCGGAAGAAUUACAUCACGAACAAGGGCUUCAAAUUUGUCAUUUCUCCAAGGAGUAAGCUGAAGACAAUAAUGAAUAUGAAAAAUGGAUUUGUGUGUCAUUGUUACUAUGGCUGGCAUGGAGAGUCCUGUAGAUCUCGUUUUCCAAACCUCUUGAGUUGGAAGAGCAAGGCUCCUGCAACAGUGUUUAAUUCAUUAGUUUUUCUUGGCAUGGUCUUAUCUGCGAUGCUGGUGAAUUUUAUUCCUAUUCCCUAA